AUGAAAUGGCAGACAAGCGGCAGUAUAUUGGCAGCACAGUUAGCCAUUGAACAUGGUUGGGCAAUCAAUCUGGGCGGUGGCUUUCAUCACGCAUCACAGCUAAAAGCUGAGGGAUUUUGUUUGUUGGCUGAUAUCAGUUUGAUUAUCAAAUAUCUUUGGAAAUAUCGGAAUCCAGAUCUAAAAUUUAUGAUUAUUGAUUUAGAUGCUCAUCAAGGUAAUGGUUAUGCUAUUGAUAAAUCAAUUUUAUUAAGUAAAGAGCGAGAUCAAAUCUAUAUAUUUGAUUUAUAUAAUAAAGAUAUUUUUCCGAAUAACGCUUUUGCCAAAUUAGCAAUUAAUGAACAUAUAGAAAUUUCAUCGGAUAUUCAAGAUGAUGAAUAUAUUACAUUGCUAAAAAAAAAUUUAGCAUGCGCAUUCAAUGAAUAUAAACCUGAUCUAAUUAUCUAUAAUGCUGGAACUGAUGUUUUAAAUGGCGAUCCAUUGGGCAAUAUGAAUUUAACAAUAACUGGUGUUAUUGAUCGUGAUCAAAUUGUUUUUGAGCAUGCUAAAACUAAUAAUAUACCAAUAGUCAUGCUAACAAGGUAA